AUGAACUUAAAAAGUAUUAGGGGGUCAAGUUUACAGUUUCUCCUCCAUGAUUCAGUAAUAAAUGGAUGCCCUUCAAUACCUACAACGUUACACCAAUUUUUUACUAGGUUGAUACCCGAUUCACACCUUGAUAUCAGCCAGGAUUUGAUUAGCAGAGCUUACGAUGAGAAAUUUUAUCGUCAUCUAAAACAACAAUACUUUCAAUCUAGAAAGAAGAAGAUACAGGAAACACCUUUGUUCACUCCAUAUUUAACGAAUGGUCGCUUUAAGGAUUUAGUUGUGGACUUAUAUUCACCCUUCGUACCGCAGAUAGCAAAUCACCGCUUGUUCAGUAGUAAUUCUAAUAGCCUCUUCAAUUAUUUGGUGAAGUAUUACAAACAUUGUGCGCUACAAGGAUUUCAACAAGAGGGAUUGAAGGAAAUAUACAAGUUGAUUCAUAAUUAUUCGGGCCAUGCUUCAAUUGGGCUACUCGUGGAUGCAAACUGGUUGAACUUUAAUAUAGACAUGGCAGACAUUCAGAAUAUCUAUCUUUUUGAUUUGAAAAAGCCCGAGUCGCUUAAUUUGUCACAUUUUCAGGACUAUAGAUCGUUUGAAAAUAUCUAUAGUCUAGAUUAUCAGUUCAAGAUGAAUAGUAUAUUGAUAAACGAGUUUUCUAAUAUUUUAUCUAAAAAUGGAGCGGGCAAGAAUAUCAAGUAUAUUAUAACAAGUGAGAAUUGCCGAAACUUGCAGUUCUUGGGAUAUAAGCGUAUACAGAUUUCAAAAGACAAAUCUAACGUUGAUGAUUUGUUAGCAAGAUACGUUAUGAGCUUAAAUAAUUUUGAAAUUCAGCUAAGUACUUUAUUAGAUAUUUAUCAAAGUAUAUUGCUCAAAGAUGUUAUUGUGGUGAAUAAUUUGGAAGAGUUAUCUUUAUUAUUGAAGGUAUUGACAUCGAUGAUAAAAGCAGAUUAG